AUGCACAGAUAUGUCUACAUUCUUACUCAUCCAGGGAUCCCAUCAAUUAUCCAGGAACGGGAUCUAAUUUGCCUCACCGACAGUGCCUUGCGCAUUCUAUCAGCUGAUGCAGACGUCUAUGUAGCUUCCAUCGAUGAGAAAAUCGUAGUCAAGAUUGGUCCAAGGCUUGACAUUGGCAAGCUAGUGCCUCCAGCCUUCGAAAUUGCGACUUCUGGAAAGGAUUACUCCAUGUGGGAGAAAAAUGAAUGA